AUGGCGGACUACGGCGAAGAUGUCUGGGAGAACGAGUAUGAUGAGAAUGAGGAAGAAAUGGAAGAUGAGUCCAUUACGGCCGAAGACUGCUGGACGGUGAUUUCAUCUUUCUUCGCCAAGAAGGGCCUCGUAUCGCAACAGAUCGACUCGUUCGACGAGUUUGUCACUACCACCGUCCAGAGCCUCAUGGACGAAUACUCCACCGUCAGUCUCGACCAGAAGCUCCCACCGAGCGACGACCCCGAACCUGCGCGCAUGCGUCGAUACGAGAUCAAGUUUGGUCAUGUUCUUGUGACCCGACCCAACGUCACCGAAGGCGACGGUGCCGUCAAGAACCUUCUUCCCUACGAAUGUCGCGACCGAAACCUAACCUACUCUUGCCCCAUCUACGUUCGCAUAACAAAGGAGGUCAAGAUCGCGAGAGAAAAGGAGGUGCCUUAUGAAGACAUGGACCCCGAUCAGCGCCAGCACUACGAGGAGACUCAGGAACGCCCAACGACCAUAGUAUGGGAGAUGGAGGAGUCAGAGAAAGCCGGCGACAAGAAGAAGUCAGGCCCCGAGCACCUACGAGACAUGGUGUACAUUGGCAAGAUGCCCAUCAUGGUCAAGUCACAGAUUUGCCACCUGCGAAACGAAGACGAUGCCGGCUUGUUCUUGUUGAACGAGUGCCCCUACGACCAAGGUGGUUACUUUAUCAUCAACGGCAGUGAAAAGGUUCUUAUCGCACAGGAGCGGUCAGCAGCAAAUAUCGUCCAAGUCUUUAAGAAGGCCCAGCCCAGCCCCGACCUGUACCAUGCCGAGAUUCGGAGUGCGUUGGAGAAGGGCUCGCGUCUCAUCAGCUCCCUUACCCUGAAGCUCAAGGCCAAGGGUGAGACUGGACGAGGCGGCUUCGGCCAGACAAUUUCCACAACCUUGCCCUACAUUAAGGCAGACAUUCCAAUCGCCAUAGUGUUCCGAGCACUCGGCAUGGUCAGUGACGAAGACAUUCUCAACGCGGUCUGCUAUGACCACAACGACACCCAGAUGCUGGAGAUGCUACGGCCAUGUAUCGAGGAAGCCUUUGCUGUGCAGGAUCGAGACGUCGCACUGGACUACAUUGGCAGGCGUGGGAAUAAUGGUCACCAGGUCGCCAAGUAUAUCCGUAUCAAAAACGCAAAGGAUGUGCUGCAAAAGGAGAUGCUGCCGCACAUUGCUCAAACUGAGGGAUGCGAGACCAGGAAGGCCUUCUUCCUCGGUUACAUGACACACAAGCUGCUGCAGUGCGCUCUCGGCCGUCGUGAUACCGAUGACCGUGACCAUUUUGGCAAGAAGCGACUCGAUCUUGCGGGUCCUCUUCUGGCGAAGCUCUUCCGAAACAUCGUCAAGAAGCUUACAGGAGACCUCAUGGCCUACAUGAAGCGAUGCAUCCAGGAAGAGAAGGGGUUCGACCUCACCCUGGGCAUUCGUCAUGGAACCUUGACCAAUGGCCUCAAGUACUCUUUGGCAACUGGAAACUGGGGCGAUCAGAAGAAGGCAAUGAGUUCUACCGCCGGUGUCUCCCAAGUGCUGAACCGAUACACAUUCUCUUCCACACUUUCCCAUUUGCGACGAACAAAUACACCCAUCGGCCGUGACGGAAAAUUGGCGAAGCCUCGUCAACUACACAACACGCAUUGGGGUCUUGUCUGUCCAGCAGAAACCCCUGAGGGCCAGGCUUGUGGUCUCGUCAAGAACUUGUCUCUAAUGUGCUACGUGAGUGUGGGAACACCGGCAGACCCUAUCAGGGAUUUCAUGAUUCAGCGAAACAUGGAAGUGCUUGAAGAGUACGACCCUGCUUCAAACCCAUACGCAACCAAGAUCUUUAUCAACGGCACAUGGGUUGGUGUCCAUCAGGAUCCAAAGCAUCUCGUUGGUCUGGUGCAAGACCUGCGACGCAAGAGCAUCAUCUCCCACGAAGUUUCUCUUGUCCGAGAUAUCCGUGACCGGGAGUUCAAGAUCUUCUCUGACGCUGGUCGCGUGAUGCGACCCUUGUUCGUAGUGGAACAAGAAGACAACCCUGACACUGGCGCGAUGAAGGGUACCUUGGUGCUUAACAAGGAACACAUCCGGCGUCUAGAGGCCGACCAGAACUUGAACCCGGCGGACGAGGACUACUUCGGCUGGGACAGUCUGCAGCACAGUGGUGUCAUCGAGUAUCUGGAUGCCGAGGAAGAGGAAACGGCGAUGAUUUGCAUGAGUCCCGAGGAUCUCGAUGAGUACCGGGAGGCGAAGAAGAGGCCAAAGCAGACCGAAGAAGAACACCAUCAGGAGAAACUGGAUCGCCUGAACGAUGACUCUACGGACCUGAACGCUCGUGUCAAGACUAAGAUCAACACCGACAUCAACAUGUACACGCAUUGUGAGAUCCACCCUAGCAUGCUUCUGGGGAUUUGCGCCAGCAUUAUCCCCUUCCCUGACCACAACCAGUCUCCACGAAACACGUACCAGUCGGCUAUGGGUAAACAAGCAAUGGGCUUCUUCCUUACCAACUACUCGCGGCGCAUGGACACAAUGGCAAACAUUCUGUACUACCCACAGAAGCCUCUGGCGACAACACGCUCUAUGGAAUUCCUGAAGUUCCGAGAGCUGCCCGCCGGCCAGAAUGCGAUCGUGGCCAUUGCUUGCUACUCUGGAUACAACCAGGAAGAUUCCGUCAUCAUGAACCAGAGCAGUAUCGAUCGCGGUCUGUUCCGGAGUCUCUUCUUCCGUUCGUAUACCGAUUCGGAGAAGCGGGUGGGUAUCAACGUCGUUGAGUCUUUCGAGAAGCCGUUCCGCUCCGACACGCUCCGGUUGAAGCACGGCACAUACGACAAGCUUGACGACGAUGGAAUCAUCGCGCCUGGUGUCAGGGUUUCUGGCGAAGAUAUCAUCAUUGGAAAGACCUCCCCCAUCAACCCUGACAACCAGGAACUCGGACAACGCACUGCUCAGCACGUCAAGCGAGACGCAUCCACUCCGCUUCGAAGCACCGAGAGCGGCAUCAUUGACUCCGUCGUGGUCACCACGAACCAGGACGGCUUGCGUUACGUCAAGGUUCGAGUUCGCACGACCAAGAUCCCUCAGAUUGGUGACAAGUUUGCUUCUCGUCACGGUCAAAAGGGCACUAUUGGUGUCACUUACCGUCAGGAAGACAUGCCAUUCAGUCGUGAAGGUGUUACACCCGACAUUAUCAUCAACCCUCACGCCAUUCCGUCGCGUAUGACAAUUGCUCACUUGAUCGAGUGUCUGUUGUCCAAGGUGUCUACCUUGAAGGGUAUGGAGGGCGAUGCGACACCUUUCACCGACGUCACCGUUGACUCCGUCUCCGAUCUGCUUCACGCGCAUGGAUACCAAUCGCGUGGUUUCGAAGUCCUGUACCACGGGCACACCGGGCGCAAGCUCAGGGCCCAGGUCUUCUUCGGGCCGACAUACUACCAGCGUCUCCGUCACAUGGUGGACGACAAGAUUCACGCCCGGGCCCGUGGCCCCGUGCAAAUCAUGACGCGGCAACCAGUCGAGGGUCGUGCUAGGGAUGGUGGACUGCGUUUCGGAGAAAUGGAACGUGAUUGUAUGAUUGCCCACGGAGCGGCUGCCUUCCUGAAGGAGCGUUUGUUCGAGGUGUCAGAUGCGUUCAGAGUCCACAUCUGUGAGAUUUGUGGACUCAUGACGCCUAUUGCCAACCUCACCAAGCAGUCCUUCGAAUGCCGGCCCUGCAAGAACAAGACAAAGAUCGCCCAGGUGCACAUUCCAUAUGCCGCCAAGCUGCUCUUCCAGGAGCUGGCAGCCAUGAACAUUGCCUCGCGCAUGUUCACCGACCGGUCGGGCGUGUCGAUCAGGUAG